AUGUUGGAGGGCGGCUGCAAGGCGGUGAAGGAGGGAGUGCUGGAGAAGAGGAGCGACGGGCUCCUGCAGCUCUGGAAAAAGAAGCGCUGCAUCCUCACUGAGGAGGGGCUGCUCCUCAUCCCUCCUAAGCAGCAGCCGCCGCAGCAGCAGCAGCCGCCACCGCCUCUGCCGGCCGAACCGGCGGCCAAGAUAAAGGAGCUUCACUUCUCUAACAUGAAGACGGUGGACUGCGUGGAGCGGAAGGGCAAGUACGUGUACUUCACGGUGGUGAUGGCCGAGGGGAAGGAGAUCGACUUUCGGUGCGCGCAGGAGCAGGGCUGGAACGCGGCGAUCACGCUGCAGAUGGUACAGUACAAGAACCGCCAGGCCAUCCUGGCCGUCCGCUCCACCCGCCAGAAGCAGCAGCACCUGGCGCAGCAGCCCCACGGCCCGCGCCUCCGCGUCGCCUCUAACUCCGCCUAG